GCCGGCGAUCGGAGCUGCGCUGGGCGUUCAGGGGCCAAGAUGGCGGCGCGCCGGGCACGGAGAGACGGAGUCGCGCCGCCUCCGAGUGGGGGCCCCGGCCCCGACCCCGGCGGCGGAGUCCGCGGCAGCGGUUGGGGGAGCCGGAGCCAAGCGCCCUAUGGGACCGUUGGCGCGGGGAGCGGCGGAGAGCAGGUGCUGCUUCAAGAGGAAGGAGAUGAUUCUGGCUUUGUCAGUCUGUCACGACUGGGCCCCACUCUGAGGGACAAGGACCUGGAGAUGGAUGCCUUGUUGCUACAAGAUGAGACACUGCUGGGGACCAUGCAGAGUUACAUGGAUGCGUCACUCAUCUCCCUCAUUGAAGAUUUUGGGAGCCUUGGAGAGAGCAGGUUGUCUUUGGAGGACCAGAAUGAGGUGUCACUGCUCACGGCUCUCACUGAGAUCUUGGACAAUGCGGAUUCUGAGAAUCUGUCUCCGUUUGAUAGCAUUCCUGACUCGGACCUGCUUGUGUCACCCCGAGAGGGCUCCUCUUUGCACAAGCUGCUCACCAUCUCUCGGACACCCCCAGAGCGUGACCUCAUCACCCCAGUUGACCCGCUGGCAGCCAGCACAGGCAGUAGUAGAAUGAGUGGGGUUGAAAUGUCUCUCGCAGAUCCCUCUUGGGACUUCUCCCCACCCUCCUUCUUGGACACAUCAUCCCCCAAACUUCCUAGUUGGCGUCCCUCGAGGACCAGACCCCGCUGGGGCCAGUCUCCUCCCCAGCAGCGCAGUGAUGGGGAAGAAGAGGAGGAGGUGGCUCGCUUCAGCCACCAGCUGCUUGCCGGGGAACUUGACAAGCCUGCGAGCAGCGUUCCAGACUUCCCCAUGCACCUAGCCUGUCCUGAGGAGGAAGAGAAGAUGGCAGCGACAGCAGAGAUAUCCGGGCAGGCAUCUGGGGAUGAGAGCAUCUCCUCCCUGAGUGAACUGGUGCGAGCCAUGCAUCCCUACUGCCUGCCCGCCCUCACCCACCUGACUUCACUGGACGGUGAGCUGCAGGAGCAGACCGAGGGCCUGGCCCUGCCUGAGGAUUGUGUGGUGCUGGAGAUUGUGGGACAUGCGGCUACAGCUGGCAGUGACCUGGAGAUUCCAGUUGUGGUGCGGCAGAUCCCUUCUGAACCCCAGCCGGGGCUCCUGCAUGAUGCCCUGGAGGCCGGUCCGGCCUUGGAACUGCUCAUGCCCACACUGGAGUCAGGGACAGAGGCCAGCAUGCCCAAGGAAGCCCUCAGCCUGGAGAAAGAGGGUCUGUCCUUGGACCUGAGGGAAAAGUUAGACUUAAGCAGCUUGAUGGCGCCCCAGGACAGCAUGGACCCAGAGGCACCCAAGGGGCCUCUGAACGCACCAGACAAUGCCGCAUCGAGUUCCCAGAAGACCAGAAAGGGCAGGAGGAAGAAGAGCAAGGAUCAGCCCGCAGCCAGUGCAGAAGGCUAUUCCAGGAGGCUGAGGUCAUCCUCUCGCGGGCAGUGUAGAGGGACUGGACAGAUGACUUCCCUGCCUCCAGAAGAAGUCCAGAGAGAGGCAGGAGCCUCCUGUGGCAGAGGGAAACCCCGGGCCUGGGCUCGGGCCUGGGCAGCCGCCUUGGAGAAACCAAGUUCCGGCCGCUUGGAGAGUCCUGCCAGACAAGCUAGUCCAGCUGGGGAGGGUCCUCGAGACCUCCGUCCCUCCCUGGUUGACCCCGUCCAAGGCAGCUCAGUUCAGGUUCAUCUCUCACUGGGGGACUCUGCCCAAGCCAACCCUGAGCCACCUGGCUCCAUUGAAGCUGACCCCACAGCAGGUGGCGUUGUUCCCACCGACCCUGCACCUCUGCCCCCCGCCCCAGGUGGCCUUGCUGCAGCUGACUUGGAACUGGUUGAUUCUCUCCCCUCUGACCCAGUUCCGACUGACUCCACAGCGGUGGGCCCUGCGGUGGCUGUUCCCAUCGCAGAUGACAUGCCACCCGUUGCCCCUGUCCCGGCUAUGCCGAUGCCAGUUGACUCUGUUCCCACAGACCCCCCUCCAGGUGACUCAGUACUGGCCAAGUCUCGGCCCACUGAUCCCCGUCGUGGCGCGGCGCUAUCUGCCCAGGCGAGUUUAGCCUCUCCGUUCUUUCUGGAGUCGGAGGUCUCAGAUCUCUCGAAAGCUCCCGUCCCUGAAGGCAAGGCCGCAGGUCCUCUGAAGGUGGAAAAUGGUGCCGGUGCCCCCACCCAGGAAGCCAAACCCCGACCCCUUAGCCUGUCUGAGUACCGGCGACGGAGGCAGCAGCGUCAAGCAGAGGCAGAAGAGAGGAGUUCGCAGCCCCCAGCUGGGAAGUGGCCCAGCCUCCCGGAGACCCCCACGGGGCUGGCAGACAUCCCUUGUCUUGUCAUCCCGACAGCCCCGACUAAGAAGACGGCUGCGCAGAGAAGCCCUGAGGUCUCUCCUCCAGGCGCGUGCUCUGUCCCUGUGGCUCCCAGCCCUGCCUCUCCUAGUCCAGAGCCACCCGCGAGCAAGCCUCUGUCCUCCACGACUCCUGAGCAGAUGCCAGCCCAGGAGAUGCCACUGCCGGCCGCACCUCUGCCUCCCCCUGCCGUGCAGUCCAUGCUCCCCCCGAUGCCCUCUGCGCCGCCUUUCCCUCCUGGUGGACUGGGCAUGACUGCCAUGCUGCCCCUUCCUGCUAGUGGGCAAGGGGUCUCCAGUCUCCCCCCGCCCCCCCUGCAGCCUCCGAGUCUCCCGGUGCCCCCUGAUCCGUACCCUCACUAUGCUCCUGUGCCGCCUUGGCCGUGUUACCCCCCCGUGGCCCCCUCUGGCUACCCUUGCCUGCCUCCCCCGCCGACGGUACCCCUAGUGUCUGGGACUCCUGGUGCUUAUGCUGUGCCCCCUACUUGCAACGUGCCUUGGGUACCUCCCCCUGCCCCAGUCCCACCUUACAGUUCCAGCUGUUCCUACGGGCCCCUGGGCUGGGGCCCGGGACUGCAGCCCCCUCCGUUCUGGCCUGCUGUGCCCCCACCUCCAUUGCCUCUGGCUUCCGUUGGAAGGGCUGUCCCCCCACCCAAGGUGGAGUCCAGUGGCGCCCCCGCUGGCCCUUCUGAAAGUGUACUUCCUGUGCCGAUGGCGCCUCCCCAAGGCCUUCAAGCCUCCGCUGGGCAGGGAGCCGCAGCCGUCGAGACUGCCAGAGUGGAGGGGAAGCCAGUGCCUGCACCUCCUCUGAAGCACAAGGUGUCCUCCCCCGGCCAGAGCGCCCCGGGCAAGACUCCACCGUGUGGGGCCGUCCAGGAGCCCGAGUCUGAGAGACUGAAGCCGGAGCCGCAGGAGACCCGGCCCAGGGAGAAGCCACCUUCUCCUGUAGCCAAGGCGGCUUCUGCAGCCACGCCUAAGCCGAGCACUGUUCCUAAGCUGCCCGCGCUCCACCCGGCCCGGCUGAGGAAGCUCUCCUUCCUGCCUAAGCCGCGCGCCCAGGGCCCCGAGGAUGUCGUGCAAGCUUUCAUCAGUGAGAUCGGAAUUGAGGCAUCAGACCUGUCCAGUCUGCUGGAGCAAUUUGAGCAGUCAGAAGCCAAAAAGGAGUGCCCUCCCCCCGCUCCUGCUGACAGCUUGGCUGUAGGAAACUCAGGAUCCAGUUGCAGUUCCUCUGGACGGUCCCGAAGAUGUUCUUCCUCCUCCUCCUCCUCAUCAUCAUCUUCCUCAACAUCCUCUUCCUCAUCCAGUUCCCGAAGCCGUUCUCGUUCUCCAUCCCCCCGCCGGAGAAGUGACAGGAGGCGGCGGUACAGCUCUUACCGUUCACACGACCAUUACCAAAGGCAGAGAGUGCUGCAGAAGGAGCGUGCAAUAGAAGAGAGAAGAGUAGUCUUCAUUGGGAAGAUACCUGGCCGCAUGACUCGGUCAGAGCUGAAGCAAAGGUUCUCUGUUUUUGGAGAGAUUGAGGAGUGCACCAUCCACUUCCGUGUCCAAGGUGACAACUAUGGCUUCGUCACUUACCGCUAUGCCGAGGAGGCCUUUGCAGCCAUCGAGAGUGGCCACAAGCUGAGGCAAGCAGAUGAGCAGCCCUUUGAUCUCUGUUUUGGGGGCCGCAGGCAGUUCUGCAAGAGAAGUUAUUCUGAUCUUGACUCCAAUCGGGAAGAUUUUGACCCAGCUCCUGUAAAGAGCAAAUUUGAUUCUCUUGACUUUGACACAUUGUUGAAACAGGCCCAGAAGAACCUCAGGAGGUAACCCUGGGCUCUUCUCCCCCUUUCCCUUAUCUGUGGAGGUGCCCAGCCUCAUCCCUCCCCCACCAUAGGGGGGAGAGCUGCUAGUGAGGAAUGACUGUUUUAUAAAGAAAUGGAAAAAAGUGAAAUAAAAAUGUGUUAAAUCAGAUUUUUAAGGGGUUUUUCUUUUUCCUUUUCUUUUUUUUUUUAAAUAAGCAUUAAAAAAGUUAACUUGCAUUCCUGUGUAAGAUUGGGGUUGUGGGGUGCCCCCAGUAUUUGGAACAUCUGAGUAACUAUGCAGAUUAAUAAACAUCAACU